AUGCUAUCUAGGUCUAUUAGAAAAACUGUCCAAUUAUCAAAAAACUAUCGAUACUCUUCUACACUUGCCCUGAAAGAAGCUUUCGAGAAUAUUGAUCGUCAUAACCCAUACGUCAACGCGUUUAUUUCACUUCAUAACCAACAGACACUCGAGGAAAAGGCCAAAGCAGCAGACCAAAGGCGAUCUCAAGGCGAGUCUCGUAGUUUAAUUGAUGGCAUGACAGUUGCUGUCAAAGACAAUAUCUGCACAAGUUUUUUGCCCACCACAUGUGCCUCUAAUAUGCUAAAAGAUUUUACAUCUCCUUAUGAUGCGACUGUUGUAGAAUUGCUAGAUAAUGCAGGCGCCUUAAUUGUAGGAAAGACAAAUUUGGAUGAAUUUGGCAUGGGAUCAGCCAAUGUUCAUAGUGCUUUUGGACCAGUUUUAAAUCCAAUGUAUAAAGGCGAACAACGAUCUGCUGGAGGUAGUUCAGGAGGAAGUGCUGCUAGUGUUGCAAUGAAGAUGUGUACAGCUGCUCUUGGAUCAGAUACGGGCGGAUCAGUUAGAAUGCCAGCAUCCUAUUGUGGACUAGUUGGGUUUAAACCUAGUUAUGGCCGUUGUUCUCGACAUGGUUUAAUAGCUUAUGCCAACUCAUUAGAUACAGUUGGCAUCCUGACAAGAAAUGUAUCUGAUUGUGCUAAUGUAUACGACAUUAUUUCUUGUUAUGACCACCGAGAUCCAACCUCCAUACCAGAACGACUUAGAACAGAACUCGACUUUAACGAUGCACAAUUCUUAUCAAGGUUUCAAGACAAUUUAGAAGGAUUAGUAGUGGGUGUUCCACAAGAAUUCUAUGUGGAUUCUCUUUCACCACAAGUGAUUGAAGUGUGGCGUAGUGGAAUAAAACAACUCGAGAAAUUGGGUGCUGAAAUUGUUUCUGUCUCUAUACCACACUUAUCACUCGCCUUACCUGCCUACUAUAUUAUCGCAUUAGCAGAAGCAAGUUCAAACCUAGCAAGAUAUGAUGGAAUACGUUUUGGUCAUCGGAGUCCUGAUCGUGCAGAUCAAUUGUUAUAUCAGGACACACGCUCCAAUGGUUUUGGGGAUGAAGUGCAGAAGCGUAUACUGCUAGGAACGCAUGUUUUGACUGCUGGAACAUAUGAAACCUUAUUUCUACCAGCUCAAAGUGCCCGAAGCUUAAUUCGAAAUGAAUUUAAUAAGGUCUUUAGACAUCAAAAUCUGCUCCACAAGACAGAUACUGGGCAAGUGGACAUCUUAUUGGCGCCUGGUGCAACAUCAAUAGCACCCGCAUUAAACUCCAAAGAAGGUGUACAACAGUAUAUUGACGAUGUGAUGACUUUGCCGGCCAAUUUAGUCGGUAUUCCUGCACUUACAGUGCCUUUUAGCCAGUCCAUUGGUCUUCAAUUGUUAGGACAAUACGGUUAUGACAAAUCUAUUUUACGUGUAGCAGAACUGAUGAUGAAUCAUAAUUAA